AUGAGGAGCAAUCUGGAAUUGAAUAAUUGUCCACUUCUUAAUAAUACUGGCCAUGCUGAAGAAAAACUAGGUUUUACAUAUGACAGCAUCAUAAUAUGUCUGCGGUUAGCUUUACUAAAUGAAGCAAAAGAGGUGCGAGCAGCAGGACUGCGAGCUCUCCGCUAUCUCAUUCGAGACUUGAGUAUUCUCCAGAAGGUGCUAAAGUUGAAAGUGGAUUACUUGAUAGCCAGGUGUAUUGACAUACAGCAGAGUAAUGAAGUAGAAAGAACACAAGCACUCCGAUUAGUCAGAAAGAUGAUCACUGUGAAUGCUUCAUUGUUCCCAAGUUCUAUUACUAAUUCUUUGAUAGCAGCUGGAAAUGAUGGUCUUCAAGAAAGAGACAGAAUGGUUCAUGCAUGCAUAGCCAUUAUCUGUGAACUAGCACUUCAGAAUCCCGAGGUGGUGGCUCUUCAGAGUGGUUUAAGUACCAUCUUGAAAAAUGUGAUUGAUUGUCAACUAAGCCGAAUAAAUGAGGCUUUGAUAACUACCGUUUUGCACCUCAUUAAUCAUCCAAAGACCCGACAGUAUGUAUGAGCAGAUGUAGAGUUAGAGCGAAUUUUAGCUCCUUACACAGAUUUUCACUACAGGCAUAAUCCAGACACAGCAGAAGGACAACUCAAAGAGGACAGAGAAGCACGGUUCCUAGCUAGUAAAAUGGGAAUAGUGGCAGCAUUUCGAUCAUGGGCAGGUAUUAUCAGUCUGUGCAAACCUGGAAAUUCUGGAAUUCAGUCUCUUAUUGGGGUACUCUGUAUACCAAAUGUGGAAAUACGGCAAGGUCUGCUUGAGGUUCUCUAUGAUAUAUUUCGCCUUCCUCUCCCUGUUGCUGCAGAAGAAUUUAUUGAGGCACUUCUCAGUGUAGAUCCAAGCAAAUUUCAGGACUGCUGGAGACUUUCUGAUGGCUUUGUAGCUGCUGAAGCUAAAACUAUACUACCACAUCGAGCCAGGUCAAGGCCUGAUCUCAUGGAUAAUUAUUUGGCUUUAGUGCUUUCAGCUUUUAUUACCAAUGGACUUCUAGAGGGUCUGGUUGAAGUGAUCACAAGUAGUGAUGACCAUGUAUCUGUUAGAGCAACUAUCCUUUUAGGAGAACUUUUGCACAUGGCAAACACAAUCCUUCCUCAUUCUCAUAGCCAUCACCUGCACUGUUUACCAACACUAAUGAAUAUGGCAGCAUCUUUUGACAUGAAAGAGAAGAGACUACGAGCAAGUGCCGCACUCAACUGCUUAAAACGUUUUCAUGAGAUGAAGAAAAGAGGACCUAAACCUUACAGCCUUCAAUUAGAUCAUAUUAUUCAGAAAGCAAUCUCAGACCACCAAAAAAGGCAUCAGUACCUGCAGAAAGACAUCUUUAUUUUAAAGGAUACAGAAGAAGCACUUUUAAUGAAUCUUCGAGACAGCCAAGUUCUCAAUCAUAAAGAGAACCUUGAGUGGAACUGGAAUCUGAUAGGGACCAUACUGAAGUGGCCAAAUGUAAAUCUAAGGAACUAUAAAGAAGAACAAUUGCACAGGUUUGUAAGGAGAUUGCUUUAUUUUUACAAGCCUAGCAGUAAACUGUAUGCCAACCUGGAUCUGGAUUAUGCCAAGGCUAAGCAGCUCACUGUGGUGGGUUGUCAGUUUACUGAAUUUCUCCUUGAAUCAGAAGAGGAUGGACAAGGUUACCUGGAGGAAUUGGUUAAAGAUAUUGUAAAUUGGCUCAACUCUUCAUCGGGAAUGAAACCUGAAUGUAGCCUUCAAAAUAAUGGGUUACUAAAUACCCUUAGCCAGCACUACUUUCUGUUUUUUGGUUCUCUCUCUUGUCACCCUCAUGGAGUAAAAAUGCUUGAAAAAUAUAAUGUGUUUCAGUGUCUUCUUAAUUUUUGUUCUUUGAAGAACCAGGAUCACUUGUUAAAAUUGACUGUUUCUAGUUUGGAUUAUAGCAGAGAUGGGUUAGCAAGAGUCAUUCUUUCUAAAAUCCUGACAGCAGCUACUGAUAGCUGCAGGUUGUAUGCAACAAAACGAGUAUUACUGAGAGCAAAUGUAAAAUUCUUCAGCAACUGGGGGACUGAGUUACUGGUGACCCAGUUACAUGAUAAAAAUAAAACUAUUUCUUCUGAGGCACUUGAUAUUCUAGAUGAGGCAUGUGAAGACAAGGCCAAUCUUCAUGCACUUAUCCAAAUGAAACCAGCUCUUUCUCACCUUGGAGACAAAGGUUUGCUUCUCCUCCUAAGAUUUCUGUCCAUUCCAAAGGGGUUUUCGUAUCUAAAUGAAAGAGGUUAUGUAACAAAACAAAUGGAAAAGUGGCAAAAGGAAAAUAACUUAAAAUAUGUUGAAUUGAUUGAAGAACAACUUAAUGAAGCACUUACAACUUAUCGCAAACCUGUUGAUGGUGAUAACUAUGUUCGUCGAAGCAACCAAAGAUUACAGCAACCACAUGUCUACCUGCCAGUUCACCUUUAUGGCCAACUGGUGCACCAUAAAACAGGCUGCCAUUUAUUGGAGUCUCAGAAUAUUGUUACAGAUCUAAGUUACACUGUUCAUUCCCCAGUGCUGGAUAAGUGUGAAGGAAUUAAGCAGCUCAAAGCAGCCCUUUGGGCCUUGGGCAAUAUAGGAUCAUCAAAUUGGGGUCUUAACUUGCUUCAAGAGGAGAAUGUAAUUCCCAACAUAAUGGCUCUUGCACAACAUUGUGAGGUUCUCUCUGUUAGAGGAACCUGUGUCUACGCGCUUGGUCUAAUAGCCAAAACUAAACAAGGAUGUGACAUUUUGAAGCACCAUAACUGGGAUGCAGUGAGACACAGUCGUAGACAGCCUUGGCCAAUGGUCCCUGAUGACAUGGAGCAGCUCUGCAAUGAACUUUCUUCUGUACCCAGUACUCUUAGCUUGAACUCUGAGUCUACCAGUUCUAGGCAUAACAGUGAAAGCGAAUCUACACCUUCAAGUAUGUUCAUCACGGAGGAUGACCGUUUUGGUAGUACAUCCACUAGUACAUUCUUCCUAGAUAUCACUGGAGAUGCAGAACAAAUAUUUUAUUAUAGACCUGGACCUUCAAAGGAUAAAGACCAUAGUCCCUUUCCUUUCUUUUCUUCUAGCAGACUUGUGAAAAAUCGCAUUCUAAACUCUCUUACUCUAGCUAAUAAAAAACAUAGAAGUAGCAGUGAUCCAAAAGGAGGAAAGCUGACAUCUGACAGUAAAUCAGGCCUGAGGCAAAAUCAUACUGUAACAGAACCUUUGAAUAGCAUAAAUUUUCCUGCUGGGGAUGAAUUCAACCCUGUUUUCAGAGUUCCUAAAAUCCAGGCUUUACGAUUAGAAACUUCUUUUGUCAGAAGUAAGAACAUGGAAGAUACUGAUAGUACCCCAAGUAUUGGAGAAAAUUAUCUGAAGCUGCCGAAAGGUCUUGGAAAUGAAAUUCACCAUGAAAACACAAGCAGAGAGAGACUAAUAGGAGAUGGUACUACACAAACACAUUUCAAGAGUUGUAGCGUAAGUUUUAAUACAGAUACCACAACAAGUGGCAUAAGCUCAAUGAGCUCUAGCCCUUCAAGGGAGACUGUAGGUGUGGACACUACAAACCUAGAUACUGACUGUGGAAGUUUGAGUACUGUGGUAAGCACAAAAACAGUUAAAUCAAGUUACUGUUCAACACAACAGUCUAACUGCCUGCCUCUCUCAAAAUCCAACUCUGUAUCCCUAGUACUGCCAGGAUCUUCUCAUACGCUUCCCCGAAGAGCCCAGUCUCUUAAGGCUCCUUUUCUUGCUACAAUAAAAAGUCUUGCUGACUAUAACUUUAGUUACACAAGUUCUCGAGAUGCCUUUGGCUAUGCUACACUAAAACGCUUACAACAGCAGAGAAUGCAUCCUUCACUGUCUCACUCAGAAGCCCUAGCAUCUCCAGCAAAGGAUGUGCUGUUUACUGACAGUAUUACCGUGAAGUCUGGCAGCCUGGAUUCUCGCCUGACCCCAAGGCGGUUCAUGAAAGCUUUAAGUUAUGCUUCAUUAGAUAAAAAAGAUUUAUUAAGUCCUGUUAACCAAAACACACUUCAGCGUUCCUCCUCUGUUCGUUCCAUGGUUUCUAAUGCUACGUAUGGUAGCUCUGAUGAUUACAUUGGCCUUGCUCUCCCAGUGGAUAUCAAUGAAAUAUUUCAGGUAAAGGAAACUCCAUAUUUCCAGAAGCAAACCACGCCUCCAUUUGAUGACCGUGGAGCUAGGGUCUUUGUACCUGAUGCAGAAAGUCUUCCAUCAGGUACAAGUGAUGUUGUCAAAAGUCAUUUUCAGAUGCUUCAACAGCAGAUCAGUCUCACAGAAAUAAUGAAUACCAGCCAUUCAGAUGCUUCUCAGUUUUUAGAAAAUACAGAGGAUACAGGGCUACAGGAGCACACAGAUGAGAACUGCCUUUACUGUGUCUGCAUUCAAAUACUGGAUUAUCAGCCUAACAACAAAGUGAAUUCUUCAUAUAGUCAUACAGUUUUUUCAGACAUUCCAUAUACUGACUGGUGUGGCCAGACCAUACACAAUCACUUAGAUGUGCAUUCCUCCAAAUUUUCUGGAAUUUCAAGCUGUAGUGAUGCAGUAUCCCGUGGUUCAGCUAGCAGCACCAAGAGUACAGACCUUGUACUAGGAGUAAAAUCAAUCCCAGAUGAUACACCAGUGUGCAGAAUACUUCUGCGGAAAGAAGUCUUACAUUUAGUAAUCAAUUUGAGUAGUUCAGUAGGAACUAAGGGCCAUGAAACUGGACUCCUGACAAUUAAGGAGAAAUAUCCCCAAGCAUUUGAUGACAUAUGCCUUUACUCUGAGGUGUCCUACUUGUUAGCACGUUGUACAUUUCGACUUCCAUCUCGAAGGUUCAUUCAGGAGCUAUUUCAAGAUGUACAGUUCUUAAAAAUGCAUGAAGAAGCUGAGGCUAUUUUAGCAUCACCAACAAAACAGCCAGUAAUUGAUACAUCAGCUGAAUUCUGA